UGGAAAAAUGAUGGUUUUAUUCCAUUUCUAAAUCACACGGAACCAUCCCAACUUCCAUAGAAAAACAGAUACUAAUUCUCCAUAUAUAUAACUCUCUCUCCCUCUCUCUCUCUCUCUCUCUCUCUCUCCUGGUGAGCAUCAAUCACAUGUUUGUUUGAUUGAUUUCUGGAAUGUGGUAGGAAGACAUUAUGAAGGGGUUGCUCAAGCUUUUGGAAUCUUUCAUCAUAUCCCAGAAAACUGGAAAGGAUUAAAGAAGUACGGUUAUUGUUUGGAAAAAGGUACUAGGGUUUGAAGUUUGAACAUAUAGAGAUUUACAGGUUUAAAACUUCAGUGGUUUAAUUCCGUAUAACAAUAGAAAGCAACCAUGUCAGAACAUUUGGGUAUGCUAGGGAGUAAUGAGGAGGCUAGUUUUGAUCGAUACGGAGAAAACUCAUCAUCUGUUUCUUCGAUAAAUAAGCACGUCAUAUCUUUUGACUUGAAUGAAGAGGCAAGCAGCCAAGAAGAUAAUGAUUUGUCCGGAGAGGAUGGAGAGAAGACUGAUGAAGGAAGUUCUUCAAAGAAUAGAAAAGGUCCUGUUAGGCAAUAUGUGCGCUCCAAAAUGCCUAGACUUCGUUGGACACCCGAACUCCAUCAUGCUUUCGUAAAUGCUAUUGAAAGACUCGGUGGGCAAGAUAAAGCAACUCCCAAGUCAGUUCUCCAGCUAAUGAAUGUGAGAGGUCUAAGUAUCGCUCAUGUAAAAAGUCACUUGCAGAUGUAUAGAAGCAAGAAGCUUGAUGAUUCUGGUCAAGUGUUAUCCCAAAGGGCGACAAUGGCGAUGCAAGGAAGACCGCACAUAUAUAGCAAUUUGUACUCCAGAAGUAGUCCAUUCGGACAUUUGAAACAACCAAAUGGAGGGAUCGAUCUAGCAAGAAAUUUAGAAGUGGGUAAUUAUUACUCCAGAAGUCAUCUGUUGGAUUCUGCUUUUAGACCAACACCAAGUGUCCAACAUUUCUUGUCAAGGCACCAGCAAUGGCUAUCUAAUCAAAGUCUCGUGUCAUCACCGGUGAGAACAGAAUUUGGACAUGUGAAUAAUAUGAGGAAAGAUAUCAUGAAUCAAAUACAAGACAAGCCUUCCAAUUUAAACAAAUUCCAAACAUUUGAGUCAAGAACCCGAAAUGGGCCUAUGAGACCUAGCCAAUAUCUGGAGGACAAGAAGUUGUGGUUUCCACCGGAUCAAAGAAAAGAAAAAUGGUCACCUAUUAUACGCAACUGUGCUAGUAGUGGCUCCUUCGAUCCAUUCAGUGUUUGCAUUGACAAAGCAACGAAUGUUGUACAGUCUCAUUCAUCUUUCAGUUAUUCUAGAGCAUUAUUGAAUUCACAAUCUGAAGCCUCAUUUCUUCAUGAGUUACGACAAGAAAAGGGAUGUCACGACAAAGAAAUGAAUCCUGAUUUGCAGCUUAGGUUGUGCCAAAAUAAAGGGACAGAUGAACAUCCAAGGAGUACUUCUGAAAUCAAUACAGCGCUCUCACUUUCUUUGAAGGAGACAUGACCAUCCUAGAGUAAGUUAAAUACUUCAUGUACAUUUAGAUAUGUAACAUCAGGCUAGACGGAGACGAGUACUUGAGAUCUGACCAAGCUCAUCCAUAGACAUAGAAGCUAGUGAGAUCUGUAAGUACUUGUUUUCAAUGCUAUUGAUUACAAGGUUUUAUUUAUUCCAUGUUACUCGGAAACUUUUUUGGCUGUAGUUCGUUGGCAUGUAAAAUGGACAACGUUGUUAUUGCACCUAUUUAUAUUUUAACGAACGCCUUGUUUUCUAAA